UGAGGCCUUUUGGGCCAGCGGCAUUUCUCGCCGACACAUGCUGACACACGCAGCUGCAUUCCUGGCACAGACAACACCUACGCGAUGCCUCCAGGUGCACUCGUCAACGUCAGCCGCGCACACACCACGCACGCCAAAUAUUGUUCGUCGUCUUCGGAAAGACGUUCCGGCCUCGGCGGACGCUGCGGCAAACUGGUCAAGGUCGACUUUGAAAAGAGCUUGUGAAAAGAUUCCCAGAAGCCAGAAUCUGAGUAGGCCCUUUCCCGAGCUGCACCUGAACGCAGCGCAGCGUCGGUAAACGGGCAGGCUCUCGCUACGAUUGUCGGAAGCGGCGUCAAGACUUUCCGCCGUCGCCGUCAUGGACAGAGGAGGUUUGUCAGAGCAAGCGGUGGCUGACGCCUGCAAGGACGGCGACCCCGCCACCAAGGACUACAUGAUGCAGCAGACCAUGCUGAGGGUCAAAGAUCCCGCUCGCUCCCUCGACUUCUACACGCGAAUCCUCGGAAUGACGCUGCUGCAGAAAAUCGACUUCCCAUCGGUGCACUUCAGCCUUUACUUCCUGGGCUUCGAGAACAAGGCCGACAUUCCGGCCGACAUUCGGGAGAGGACAGCCUGGACGUUUUCGCGCCGAGCCACCUUGGAGCUCACGCAGUGCGUCCAGAAUACGUAUUAUAGAUUAUGUCUUAAACACUCUAUCUCUCGAUGGAUCGAUCAAUUCGGCAAAAGUCAAAGUAACUGGGGGUCCGAGUCAGAUGCAAGUUUGUCUUAUCACAACGGAAACAGCGACCCUAUUGGCUUUGGUCACAUCGGCAUUGCCGUGCCCGACGUUGGCAUCGCUUGCCACUUGUUUCAAUCUCUGGGCGUCACCUUCAUCAAGAAACCACACUCUGGCAAGAGGAAAGGCCUGGCCUUCAUUCAGGAUCCCGACGGCUACUGGAUCGAGAUCUUCACUCCGAACAAGAUGGCGGUCUUGAUGGCGCCUUGAACCUGAUUGGCUGACAGACGGACUGGCUGAGGAGUUCCGGCAAACAGAUUUUCACUUUGUUGCUUGGUUGUUUGUUGUUACCAUGGUAACAAGACGCAUACUUUUAUCAACA